AAACGCCGAGGCAUCCAGUGACACACUUCUAACGUUGUAAGCUGGACCAUCGAUUAUAACUAAAAGCAGACUUGCCUACACGACCUGCUGACCUGGCCGAGGUCUAUGUCGCAAGCUGGAAAGUAACACUCCACCCCAAAUCUUUGAGCGUUACUGUUCUAUCGAACUCUCUAUUUUUAGCUUCAAAUAUUAUUUGUUGGUUUGGGCCGAAGUCUUGCCAAGUCGAUGUAUGUAGUCGGCGGCCCUCCUGAAUAGACGCAGCGCGCGGAGCAUGGAGGACUAUCGCUUAGAACAACAGAAGAACACAGCAGCUCACAUACUCUCUCGGACGUCACUUUUGCACCUGUACGCGCAUAGAAACUCCCUGCCACCAGCGAUCGCCCGCUUUCGCUUACUCCAGGUCCUAUCGCAAAGUCCCGAAGAGGCCGACCCGGCCAUCAUCGAGGAACAGUACCCACCUAGCCAUCCCCUCGCAGCAGCAGCAGAAGGCCCGGCUGCUGACCGCCCAGCUGAGGAGCCCGAACAGCAACCCGCAGAUCGGGGCGCAGCUCCAGAACAGGAGGAGCCCCCUGCCUGGGUUGCACCGCGCCGGGCCUGGCCCGCACCCGCACCGCGUCGCUUUGCCGCAGACGAGGCCUCUUCUUCCAGCGAGGGCUCGGACCUGUCAGACCUAGAUUCCUUUUCUGACCUGGACGUUGACUCGGAGGACGGGAGGGCAGAGCGGCAGCACCGCGCUCGUGCGGCGGCAGCGCAGCAGCAGCAGCAGGAGGAGGAACAACAACAUCAGCAGCAGCCACCCCAGCAGCAGCAGGACGCGGACGGCCGGCCGGAACCGGAGGAGGAGGAGGGUGCUAUAGCAGCAGCAGCAGCAGCAGCAGCAGCAGCCGCACCACCACCAGCAGCAGUCGCUGCAGAGGAUCGUGACGUCGAGGACGACGGAGAGGAGGAGGUUGUGGCCUUUUAGUAGCUUUUGCGCGAUGUGUACGACAUACCACUGCUGCUCCUGUUCAUAUUCUUGUUGCAGCGGGCACUGUUAAGCAGCAGCGUGUAGUUCACGCAACCUAGGCCCUUGUUCGAGGACCCACCAUCAGCCUCAUACGGACUCUGAAGACGGCUAAGGACACAGUCAGAGACACGCUAAGACAAACAGGCUUAGCCGGACAGGAUUAGCCAGACAGGAUUAGACAGACACGCUAAGACAGACAGGCACCAGCAGCAGCAGUAACAGCAACUCAGCAUGCGGGUCCUCUUCGCCCGCGCGGUGCGCUACUUGGCACUGCUGCGAGGCCAUUCCGAGUUCGCGCAUUCCUCCGGGGGUGCCUCCUACCCGCUACAUCGCGGGCCGUAUGUGUACGGCUUUCCGUACGCUCCGUACGGCGGCGGCGUCGCGGCAUCGAAAGUGUCGACGGCGGCGUCGACGUCAGCAGCAGCGGCGGCGGCGGCGGCGCUGCCGCCGGGCGCUGCAGCAGUCGCCGCCGACGCUACAGUGCUAGCACGGCGGUUGCAUGGCGCCACCGCUGCCGUACUGCGACGGCUUUACGUAAUGGUUAUUGCAUCGGCGGUUGUGGCGGGGGCGUCGGCGGUCAUGGCGGGCGCGUCGGCGGUUGCAUCGGCGACGGAUACGGCGGCGUCGCUGGCGGCGGCGGCUCCGAGGACGAUGCGGACGGUUGUGUGGGCGGUGCGAGCCAGCCUGAGCUAUAAGCGCUUCGAGGCCUCCUGUGCGGGUGCCGACACGGAGGCGGAUGCGGGCUACCAGGCCGCCCUCAGCCAGCUGCACACCUACUGGGCACACAAGCUGCUGGAGGUGUGUCGCCGCAACGGCGGGGUGUAUGUGAAGGCGGGCCAGUUCGCGGCCGCGUUCGGGGGGGUGCCGCGCGAGUACCGCACCGUGCUAGCGCAGCUGGAGGACCGGGCGGUGCCGCGGCCGUACAGCACGGUCCGUCGCGCCCUGGAGCGGGAGCUGGGUGGAGCUGCCAGGGUGGACUCGCUCUUCUCCGCAUUCAACACGCGGGCCACGGCGGCCGCCAGCCUGGCGCAGGUUCACAAGGCGGUGCUGGCGGACGGGCGGGAGGUGGCAGUCAAGAUCCAGUACCCGGGUCUGGCUGCCUCCGUGUCCGCCGACCUGGCGGUCAUGCGGCUGCUGGCGGGGGCGGCGGGCGCGCUGUUCCCCGCCAUCAGGCUGGGCUGGCUGCAAGAGGAGCUGAGGGGCAAGCUGGCGGGGGAGAUGGACUUCAGGAACGAGGUGCGCAACGCGGCUCGCUUCCGCGCCGUCCUAGCUGACUGCGAUUCCGCUGGCGGUGGGGGCGGUGGUGGGAGCGGAGGGGGCCGGCCGGGUGCGCGUGUUGCGGUUCCCUCCUUCCACGAGGAGCUGUGCGGCCCCAAGGUGCUGGUGAUGGAGUGGGUGGAGGGGUGCAAGAUAACGGAUGUGGAGGCGCUGCAGCGGCAGGGCAUCAACCCCCGUCUGGUGGGUCGGCAGCUGGUGCGGCUGUUCGGGGAGCUCAUGUUCCUGCGAGGAUACGUGCAUGGCGACCCGCACCCCGGCAAUCUCAUGGUCAGGGCGAUAGGUCGGCCCAGCUGGCUGCGGUGGCUGCUGCGGGGCAGUCGGAGGGACUGGGAGGUGGUGGUGCUGGACCAUGGGACGUACCUGGAGGUUGAGCCCCGGUUGCGGCAGCAGUUCUGCCAGCUGUGGUGCGCGGUGGUGAUGCGGGACGAGGGGACGCAGGCCGACAUCUCCACUGCCAUGGCGGGCGAGCGGGGCGGCAAGAUCCUGCCGCUGCUGCUCACACAGCGCGCCCGCAACCCCGCGGAGGAGCGGGCGCUGCGCGAGCGGCUGGGCAUCCGGGGCUUCGGCGACAUGAGCGCGCUGCUGGCGGCCGUCAGCAGGCACCUGGUGGAGCUGCUGCGGGUGGUGACGGUGGUGCGGGCGGCGUCGGCGGCGCUGGGGGUCACCAUGGGGGAGCGGCUGAGG